AUGAGGAAUAUUGACAUCCAUCGACAAGUUACUUUGAGGUCUAGUGUUGGUAUCAUAAAGGAAUCUUUAUUUAGAGACGACAAUGCUGCAUAUUAUGUCAUUAUCUCAAUUGGAACUCCACCGCAGAAGUUUAAAGUACAAAUCGACACUGGUUCCUCAGAUCUCUGGAUACCAUCUCAAAACUGCGAUCUUAAUACCCUUACUUGCUCGACACAUAAUAGAUAUGAUAGUAAAAAUUCCAGUACAUAUAUACCAAAUAAAAUUCCAUUUAAUAUUCUAUACCGUGAUAGUAGUGUAUGCGGAUACUUAUCUACUGAUGCAAUGAAAGUGAGUCAUUGUCAAGCAAACAUGACAACCGAAUCGGGAUUCAGCUUUGUUUAUGCGGAAUUCGAUGGCAUCUUAGGAAUGAGUUAUCCCCAGAUAUCUUUCGAAGGAGUAACUCCUGUUUUUAUCAAUAUGAUUGAUCAAGGCCUGGUAGAGCUACCAGUUUUUAGUAUCUAUAUAGAUCGGCAUGUUAAUUCUGAGAAGUAUGGUGGUGAACUGAUAUUGGGUGGCUCCGAUCCUUUUCGUUAUGACGGCGAGUUGACGUAUAUUAAUAUUACUCGCAAUGGAUACUGGCAAUUUACAGUGGAUAAGAUUCGAAUAGAAAGUAGCACCGUAUGCGCGAAUGGUUGUCAAGCUGUCAUCGAUUCGGGCACCUCUAAUCUAGUAGGACCGUCAUCGGAUGUCGCUGUUAUUAACAAACUGGUCGGAGUUAUUACUUCUAACGGCAAAACAAUUAAAAUCCGAUAUGGAUUUUGGGUAAUGUAUUUCUUCGUCGGUACUAUACCGAGUUCGACAUGGGUCACUACAGAAUGGGAUUUGCCCCUGCAAAAUAAUGUUGUGUCCUUCGGUGCAACAAGAUAA